AUGGCGAUCAUGAAGCUUCUCCCCGCCCACACGUCCUGCGAUAUUUAUGUCAGUUUUAGCGGUAAGGAUAACCGCGGAAGCGGCAUGAAUAAUCUAAAUUAUGUUUUGCGGGACUGGGGAAUAAAGGCGCUCAUGGAUGACGGUGAAUUCAAGACUACUGGCGACUCAAUUUCACACACUGAUUAUAAAGAAGCAUUGGAAGAAUCAAGGAUUUCAAUUGUUGUUCUCUCCCAGGACUAUGCACAUUCCACGUGGUGUCUUGAUAGACUUGUCCAGAUGCUUGAUUGUAGAAAGAGGAAGGACCAACAGGUUUGGCCCAUCUUUUACGAAGUAGUUUCGUCCGAUGUAAAGAAUCAGAGAAAUAUGUAUGGCAAAGCCAUGGAAGCACAUAAAAUUAGGUUCGGAGAGAACUCCGAGAAGGUGCAGAAAUGGAGGUCAGCUUUGUCUAAAGUCGCCAGCUUAAAAGGAUUGGAGUUCAAUACCGGGUACAUAUAUAGUAUAUACUUUCAGUUACUCUUUGCUAAGUUCCAUAACUGA